UUUCCAUUCAUUUCAUUUGAACAGGCCCAUUUAGAAUUGUAACAGGCCGGGGGAGGGGGGUAUGGGGAUUCCCCCCAUGAAAUUUUGGAAAAUUAGACGCAAAAUCCUGCAUUCUGAGGCAUUUCAGGGGGCAAAAUGACCCUUGUUCAUAUGCCACUUUUUAACCUACAUUUUUAAAUAUAUACCAAAGGGUUGAACAUUUUUACUUCGGACAAGUUAGUCACAGUGGUGUUAAAUACACACCUUUCCGAUGUUUUGACUGGAAGAAAUCAUGUAAGGGCUAUUCCAGAAAUAAAUACAUGAGGGGGGGGGGGUCGGGAGGCACCUUUUGUAUAUACCAAGCACCCAUAAAAAAAAAUAAAAAAUUACCCCAUGACCCAUCAAAUUGAUAAACUCAUUUUACAAUGACCCAUCUAAAAAAAAAAAAACUAACCAGACCCACUACAAAAAUAUUUUUAAAAAUGAAAACGGUACAAAUCUCGCGAGGUUUUCGGGACAAACAUUCUAGUCAAUGACGCGGUAAUGCCUGUGCGACAUUGUAUCACAGUAGUUCUGAAGAAACGAUGUCACAUCAACAAUCAAAGGCAUCUAUGGCGGGAAUGUUGGAAAGAUCGGGAGUCCAAACGAUCCACGAAUCGUUCGUCUUCUAAUGGAGCCCGCGCCCGGAGGCCUCUAUAUCACCAUCACACUGACUGAUAAAUAUAACGCAUCGGUACCCUCGUAUAAAUCAACUAACGUUUGCCUAUUUUUAUUAGAAAACGGAAUACCUAUUGGUUUCAAAAUAUUCCCAAAAUCGAUGCACUGUAAACUGUAAUAAUCUACAGAACAGAGUUCGCCGCCAUCACGUCCAAAGGGACCCUACUAAACGCGCCUCUAAUUUGAAGAGUGUCGUAAUGGAAAGUUAUGCGCUGCAAAGAGCGACAACUCGAAUAGUUCUUUGUUACUUUCGAAAGCAGCAUUUCGAAAGCACGUUUUCAAUUUUCCCUCCGACGUUUUGUAACCAGCACGACAAGAGCGACAAUAAAAAUAUUCUGAAAACUCAACACCCACGUGGCACAAAAUAAAACAAUAGAAACUACCCACUACCCAUAAUAAAUAUUUUUUUAACAGUCCAACCACGGACCAAAUAAAAUAUGAAAAAAUAUGACCACCCACACAAAAAAAAAUUCAUUUGCCGCCCGACCCCCCCAUUUGAUCAUUUCUGGAACAGCCCUAAUGUAUUCGUUCGACACUUCAUUAUUUUUCACUGCCAUGUGCUUCUCACGCGCAAGGUGAGAGUUUAAAAUAUCGUCCAAUCAAAAUCGCCGUUUCAAAAAGCUCUCGAUAAAAACAUAAACAAGGAAGAAAUAUGAAAGAUAUUUAUAGUCAACCAAUUGCUUCCGCAUACUUUCUUUGCAAAGAUUGAUCGUGUAAAUCAACAUCACUGAAAUUGACAACAUAUUAUUUUUUGAUUUUUUUUUAUAUUUGAACCGGCCAGAAAAUCGUUUGAAACGGUCAAUUUGGCCGGCGGCCGGUUCUUAGGGAAAACACUGUAACAUGAUGUAUUAACUUGGAUGCAAAUGUCUAAUUCUAAGGCUGAAAGAGUGUAAAACAACGAAUUACUAAGAGGUAUUUGAUUUUUUUAUUUCUAUUAAACUUAUGACAUGGUACUGUUGUAACAAAAUACACAACUUUACACAGAUAAGACCACCGAUAAUCUGAAAGUUUAAACUGGUAACGUGACUGUCACUUGAAAUGGCAGAGUGACAUGGUUGUUUGUAAACGCCCAGUUAAAUAUAGACCAAAUACAAUACCUGAUUGCACCUGACAGGUACAUAAUACAGGUGAGAUAUGACAUGAUCAAAGUAUACUAAAACAGGAUUUUGGUCGGGGACGACACUCACCAUUACUGUGUGAAGUCAGUGUCAUCAAUCUGAUGAUGGACCCCCGUGCCAGUGCCCAGGAUGUGAUGCAAUGUGACCUGUGCGAGACUGCCAUGGUACAGAUGCACUGUGAUACGUGCCUCGUCAAUCUGUGUAAGGCCUGCGUGGGAGAACACAUCUCAACUGAUGAAUGCAAGGAUCACAAAGUCGUUAAAUUCCAGUCCAGAAAAUCCACCCCCCUCUACCCUGGAUGUACUUCUCAUAACAAAGAACGAUGUGAAAUGUUCUGUAAUCAGUGUCAUAUUCCGGUCUGCAGUACCUGUCUGGCAUCAGAUCAACAUUUAGGUCAUAAAUUAUUGAAAAUGAUGCAAGUCUUGCAAGAAAAAAAAGAAAAGAUUGCCAAAGGAAAAAGGGAAUUAAAUGAAACAAUUUUUCCAACCUACCAGGACAUUGUAUCUGAUGUACAAAACAGAAUGAGUCAGUUAAAAAAGAAAUAUGGAAACCUCUUAACAGCCAUAACAAAGCAUGGAGAGGUCUGGCACAGAGAAAUUGACAAACUUGUCAAGAAACUGAAAGCUGAAGUGGAGGAGAUGAAAACCACACAGUCACACACUCUACAGAAACAUCUGGAUGAAGUGAACAAGAAAAUCUCUGAUAUCAACAAUGAAAUCAGUUCAAUUGAUGCUGCUUUGGACUCUAAUGACAUUUCUACAGUACUGAGUGUUAUGCCUGAUGUAGAUGAAUACAAAAAACUUCCACAGAAAAUUGUGCCCCUUUUACCUAAAUUCACUCCUGGGAGAAUUCAAAAAGAACUAUGUAAAAUGUUUGGAACUUUAUCAUCAAUUUCUGUCCGAUCAGAAGAACAUGGUUACAGUAUAAAGACAAAACAAAAAUCCCCAGAAGCUGCAUCCUCUCCUGUCAUCAAACAGCUGCUUGAUGAACCACAGACUGUCACCACCAUAUUACACAUUGGAUAUAGACAUAACCUUUUCAAUGUGGGCUGUCUGAGUGAUGAAGAAAUCUGGACAUGUGGAGAUAUCAGAACCAUGAAACUCUACAGCAUCAAUCAGGGAUCACUACUCAAGUCAAUCACAACUACAUCAGGGUACAGUCCACAGGACAUAGCAGUGACAAACAGUGGGGAUCUGGUUUAUACUGAUUACUGGGAUAGAACUGUGAACAUUGUGAAGAAUGAAGAAAUACAGACCGUGAUCAGACUACAGAACUGGACACCUCAUGGUGUCUGUAGUACUGCCGCUGAUGACCUCUUGGUUACCAUGGUCAGUGAUGGUGGGAAACAAUCCAAAGUUGUCCGUUACUCUGGCUCCAAAAAGAAACAAACCGUUCAGUUUGAUGAUCAGGGUCAUCCUCUCUAUUCAUUCGAUCAUUAUAAAUACAUCAUUGAGAACAGGAACCUGGAUAUCUGUGUGGCCGAGCAUAAAGCUAGAGCAGUAAAGGUUGUCAAUCAUGCCGGGAAACCUAGAUUCAUGUACAUUGGACAUACUCCUGCUCCAAAGAACAAACCAUUCUGUCCACUAGGAAUCACCACAGACAGUCAGAGUCACAUCCUUACAGCUGAUUAUUACAAUGACUGUCUCCACAUCAUAGACCAGGAUGGACAGUUCCUCCGUUACAUAGACUGUGGACUGAGUGAACCCUGGGGACUGUGUAUAGAUACAAACGACAAUCUGUUUGUUGUUAAAUGUAGAAACAAACAAGUGAAGAAAAUCAAAUAUCAGCAGUGAAAUUAAUCAUCAGUGGUGGACUUAGACAGCAGCAUGAAUACUUACAUUUACAAAUGCUUCAUUGCUAAUAAAUAUACCCCGUUUUAAUGCAUUUAUUCCUCAAUAUUAAUACAGUCAAAACUGCCCACUGUAUCAAGCGACUCACUGUCAUAUGUGACCAUAAAAAAUAAAAAGUCCCUGUAUUAAAUGACCAACAAUCAUGAUUUUUACAACCUUUUCAUGUAAUUUCACGAAAUUUUACCUUUAUUUAACGACUGUACAUUUUUCGAUUACAACGCGAUUCCUACUUUCGAUUUCGUUUGAGCACGACUAUUCUGGGAAUUAUCGCCCCUAACACUUUCGUUUUAAAAUGCACAAUUCGGCGGUGUUCUUGUUUAGUCGGCCCUCUGAAUCAAUUAUAAUACCUAAGUGGUCAACAUGCAGGGACGUGUGUGGUUAGUUAUUGUUUAUUUAACAAAAUCAAGGAUCAGGGAAUCAAGGCCGGUGUAUUUGAAAUUGAAGGUGUGAAUUUCAACAAAUUUUAAGAAGUAUGGGGAAGAUCGGAAAUGAAAAUCUACCAAUUGUUAUACCAUCAUGUUCAACAGAGUGAAAAAUUAACCCAAUUGCGAUAUAAAUUAGGUAAAUAUUGUGCUUAGGACUGAAAUUUUAAAUGGAGUAUUUGCUAUUUUCCUGCAUGAGAUACCCGAGGUUUCCAGAAUCAUGACCGGAACUAGCAGCUCACUUCGACAUAUCCCGAGUAUUUGACACAUCCGAGUUCAAGAAAAAUGCUGCAUUACUUCAAAGCUUAAAAGAUUUGCUGUGCACAAUGGAUAUUGUGAUUAAUUUAAUGUCUUCCAAAUUGAAUAACAUAUUUCCAGCAUUUAUUGUACAAACGGAGAUGCAACACUUCAUCACUUGCUUUCUUACCACCAGACAAGCACUGCAUUGUUUUUGGUUACAAGUAGACUAUAUACAUAAAUACUCUUUACAACAAAAUGUUUAUAAGUUUUAAAAGUUUACAUGCAGUUCAUAAAUGAGAUUUAAAUCUCAUGUAAAUGUGUAAUAUGAAAUGCAUGCAAAUUUUAUCAUUCUUAAACAGAUUAAAUGUAAUUUUUGAUGUCAGAAUAAUAAAUUACUGUUUUCCAGAUUUUGAACUACACUGUAUUAUUAAUUUUAUUUUACAACUAUUAAAACCGUACUUGAUAUUCUUAAUGAUAAAUUCCAAAUACAUGUAAAGUUAUUUUUUCCAUUGUACAAACUAUUUCUGUUUAUUAUUUGUGGAAUUUUAUGCAUUAACUGUGGAAAAUAGGAAACCUGUAUUAAGAGAUCACCUGUCAUAUGUGACCUUUUUUCCAUUCUCCGUUGGAGGGUCUCAUAAUACAGGUUUGACUGUACAUACAAAAAAUGUUUUGGUUUUUUUUUUGUUUUUGUUUUUUAUUUAAGAAGCAUAUUUAAUCAAGCAACAUUUACAGAAUAAAUGUCUAGGUUGUUUGCAAUUUAAGGAGAAAAGAUUUAUAAAAACAAGGGGUACUUUUCCUAAUCGUCUUUACUGAUUAUCUAAAUUACACAAAUUAUGCCAUGAUUCAAUUAUUUUUGUACCUGAAUAAUGAAAACAACAAACUAGACAUUUUUCUUUAAAUAAAAUAAUGAAUUAUCA